AUGGCGGCGCCACGGGCAAAAUUGCCGCUUGAUGUCAUUGUAGUCGGUGCUGGUAUGCUUUUUCUUUUCGCAAAGCAUUAUGAAAACAUGAUUUCGUCUAACAUGCACAGGCAUCGGUGGUAUGGCUGCGGCCCUGACGCUGGGGUUGCGAGGGCAUCGUGUGGUAGUCUUGGAAGCGGCGCCAAAGGUACGAGUACCGCAUUAGUCGUGGUGAAUCUUGCUAACAGAUUGAAUAGCUCAUGGAAGUGGGAGCCGGGAUUCAAGUCUCGCCAAAUAUGCUUCGCCUUUUUGACCGUAAGAAUGCAUGCAGCCCAUCUCCUGUCGGAUUCUUGCUCACCAAAACUUCCAGGAUGGGGCGUCUCGGACUUGAUCCACGCCCAAGACGUGGCACUGGAGCACAUUCACGUACGUCGAUGGCAAGACGGUAGCCUUCUAGGCACAGUGCCAGUGAACAAGACCUUCGGGCAACAAGUGGUCGUGCACCGCGCAGACCUGCACAACGCCCUGAUCGCCAAAGCGUUAGAACUCGAUAACGUGACGCUGCGCGAGAACUCCAUUGUCACCGAUGUACAAUUUAGUCCUGCCUCCGUGACACUAUCGAGCGGGACAAUCAUUCGCGGCGACGUGGUCAUCGGUGCAGACGGGAUCAAGUCCACCGUCCGCGAGCACCUGCUCCAGGACUCAUCGAUCAAAGCAAUCCCCACCGGCGAUGCAGCGUAUCGGAUUAUCCUACCGCGCAGCAUUAUGGAAAAGGAUCCAGAGCUGAAGACUCUCAUUGACGAACCGCAGGCGACGAGGUGGGUCGGGCCUGGACGGCAUAUUAUCGCGUACCCGGUUCGCAAGCAUGAGCUGUACAACGUUGUGCUGCUUCAUCCGGAUAGACAGGGAGUUGAAGAGUCAUGGACGACUAAGGGGUCGAAGCAGGCGAUGGUUGAUAAUUAUGAAGGAUGGGAUUCCAAGGUAAGGAAGCUCAUUGAUCUGGUGCAUGACGAUGAGGUGCUUGAGUGGAAAUUGUGCCUGCAUCGUCCGCUGAGGACAUGGAUCCGGGGAGCUGUGGCUUUGCUUGGUGAUGCAUGCCAUCCGAUGCUACCAUAUGUCGCACAGGGCGCCGCGCAGGCAGUCGAAGAUGCCGCCGCGCUCGGCGUUGUAUUGUCGUCUAUCACAUCUCACAAAGACAUUCCACGGGCAUUGCAAGUAUAUGAGAAGUCACGGAAGCAGCGCGCAGAGACUGUGCAGCAAUCUGGCUCCGAGAAUCGGAUCACAUUACAUUUGCCCGAUGGCCCGGAACAGCGGGCGCGCGAUGAGCAGUUCCGCGCGUCUGCCAGUGGGACAAACCCGGAUAAGUGGUCAGAUCGGGAGACACAGGAAUUUUUAUGGGGUUGGGAUGCCGAGAAAGCGGCUUUGGACGCCUGGAAGGAAAUGCAAGAGGGCGUCAAGGUCAACGCCAAUUUGUGA